AUGGCAGCAGCGCCGGGCGAGGGGCUGCCGAGGCCCCCGCUGCUGCCGGCCGUCGCCCCCCUGGCCCUGCUCGGCGCCCUGCUCUCCCUGGGCGCCCUGUGUGCCGCCUGCAGACGCAAGGCUCGGAAGAGGAAGGUGCCUGCGGACGCGGUGAAGCUAAUGGACGAGGCCCUGCCGAGGCAGCUGCAGCUCCGCGCGCUCAGCAAAUCCGACACGAAGCUGCACGAGCUCUGCCGCCUGACGCCCGCGGGCGAGAGCCAGAGACCGGCCAGCGUGCAUUUGCCGCAGGCGCCGGGGCGGCCGGCGGCCGGGAGCGCCUCGCCGCACCGGGAGCUGCCGCGGAUCCCCGGCCCCGCGGCCGCCGAGCACACCUACUCCAACCUGGUGUUCGCGCCCCGCGAGCGCCUGCCCGGGGGCGCCGGGAGCCCAGCCGCCUCCGCCGACUACGCCUGCGUGCGCAAGGCGAGGGAGCCGGCGCCGCCGGAGGUCGAAGCGAUGUACUCCACGGUGUGCAAAGGCGGCAGGAGGAAACCUCCCCAGGAGGCGGCUUCGCCCCCGGGGGCCGCGCGCCGCUGCGAGGACGGGGCCGGGAGCGGGCCGGGCCCGGGGGCGCCCCGGCCCCCCGAGAACCUGUACGAAAGCGUCGGCGAGGCGCGCGCCGAGGCCGGGGCGCGCCGGGGCUGCGCCGCGCCGGCGCCCAACGGGCUCCAGGUGUACAUCACCAACCUCUAG